AAGAGUAAAUAUGUCUAGACAACGCGCGAUGACAAUACCAUGAGAGAGUAUCAUGAUCAGUUCCUAUCUGUCAGAUAUAUAGGGUUCCUUGGCAUCAGAGAUGAGUUUCUACACAGUUGUUCUUUGGUUAUUUUUACUCAGUCACCAGGUCGAUAUCGUCCCUAUUCAUUUGACUCGUGGGUUUUGACUCCAUAUUUGUGCAUCUUACUAAGUAAACCUCUCGUAUACAAUUCAAUAUUGUCUAAUGGCCCAUGGGCAAACUUGACCGUCUUCCAGAAUGGUUCUCGGUCGCCGUUUUCCCUUGGUCUCCAACAUAGCCAAAAGUUUGAAAUAUGGUUGAUUGUACUGAUUUCACAUACCAUGGCAGUACAUCGCAGUCGUCACGUGCCGACUGUGGUGCUCGAUACUAUACAUAGGAGUCUCUAGGACUACAGCAUGGAUCAUUCAUCUCUUCAUUCUCAACUUCCACCAUCCAUUUUAUGGCUUAUUUUGACGAAGUUCGUAGUGGACUAGCAGUCCAGUUUAUCAUCGUAACCUACAGUCAGCUAACUAACUCCCAGGAUUCGUACCGUCUUCCGGAGGGCAUAAAGCGGAUUGCAUAUGAUGCUGAUACCCAGCAGUAUAUUUUCCGCGACCGCUCCGGUCAACUUUACCAGAAUCCUUCAGGAGAGACUUAUGGUGUUCUGAUACCUGUGUCAGCACCUGCCACUCCUCGUCGCAGUGUGACCAUAACAGGCGAGGACCCUGCUCUCAUCCGUGCCCGCUCUGUCAAGCGCCCCGCAAAGACUUUCGAUGACUUCCUUCCCCGAGAAUACAUCACCAACGCAAAGGAGUCCAGUCCUACCCCCAACUCUCCCAGCGAAGAUAUCACGCGGGCGAACAGGAAUCGUGCGCUACCAAAGAUCCCCAAAAUUGGGGAGGUCAUACGUUCCCGGGCCAUUUCACCUCGCGAGUCGGCAGAUGAAGAAAAACGGUACUUACUCGACAAUCGCUCUGCCAGUCCCACCUCAUAUGCGACUCAUGAUGAUGAGAAGGAGUUGAGUCGCUCAAAUUCUAAAGCGUCUUCUAUGUUGUCAUUGCCUAUUAUCGAUACGCAUAUUAAUUUAUCUGGUUUCAUAUGA